CGGCGGGAGCAUAGUCCAGAGAGCGCGGACCCGGAGCAUAAUUCAUAGCUUGUUUCCUCCGCUCUACAUUCCCAAGUCAGGAGUCUAGAAAGGGAGACCGAGAGAGAGGGAGAGAGAGGCUCUGCUCAGAACGGGGUGAAAGUUUGGUUUUCUUGAAAAAUGGCCAGUUGGUUUAUUUGAGAGAGAGAGAGAGAGAGCCCUCACGAUGGAUGUGCACUCAGGCCAAUCUGGUGGUGGAGGAGGCGUUCUUUCUCGAUCUAGAGCCACCUCCCAAUCCCCCUCCCCCUCCCACUCGGCCUCCGCCUCCGUCUCCGCAACCUCCGCCCAUCCCCUCACGACUUCCACCACUACACACCCCAAUCCUAACAAACGUAAGCUCCCUUCUUCGCCUCACCACCUCCCUCCUCCUCACCCCCACCCCCCGUCCCACCCACUUUCUCUCUCUAAUGAUGACCUCGACUCCCUCUCUGCUCGCGCAGACUCUGACCCUGUGUCUCUCUCUAACUCGGAGGAUCGAUCGGAAGAGGAGGAGGAGAAUUCAGAGGAAGAGGAGGAGGAGAAUUCAGAGGAAGAAGAGGAGGAGAUGGAAGAUGAUGAAGAGGAUGAUGAUUCCAUGAGGACUUUCACAAAUGCGAGGUUGAGUUCGAAGCCUAAAGGGGAGGUGGGUUCUUCAGGAAUUGAGAAGGUUUCAGAGUUGGGGGUGAAAGAGGAAAGAGAGAAAGAUAGGGGUUCAAACCAGGUGGCGGGGUCAGGUUUGGCUGUGAAGGAUGAUUCUGUGAAGUCAGUUUUCACUGAUAAUAUCCAAACCAGUGGGGCUUACUGUGCAAGAGAGGAUAGCCUCAAAAAAGAGGAGGAUGCAGGUAGACUCAAAUUUGUAUGCUUUGCCAAUGAUGGGGUUGAUGAACAUAUGAUUUGGUUGAUUGGUUUGAAGAAUAUCUUUGCUAGGCAGCUACCAAAUAUGCCCAAGGAGUACAUAGUUCGUCUUGUCAUGGACAGGAGUCACAAGUCUGUGAUGAUUAUCAAGAAUAAUCAGGUUGUUGGUGGUAUAACUUACCGGCCAUAUGUUGGCCAAAAGUUUGGAGAGAUAGCAUUUUGUGCUAUUGCAACGGAUGAGCAAGUCAAAGGCUAUGGCACAAGACUGAUGAAUCACUUAAAGCAACAUGCACGUGAUGUUGAUGGGCUCACACAUUUUCUAACUUAUGCCGAUAAUAAUGCUGUUGGAUAUUUUAUCAAGCAGGGUUUUUCCAAGGAGAUUGAGUUGGAGAGAGAACGAUGGCAAGGGUACAUUAAAGAUUAUGACGGAGGAAUACUCAUGGAAUGCAAAAUUGAUCCAAAGCUUCCAUACACCGAUUUAUCAGCUAUGAUUCGUCAGCAAAGGCAGGCAAUUGAUGAGAAAAUCAGGGAACUCUCAAACUGCCAUAUUAUCUAUCCUGGAAUUGAUUUUCAGAAGAAAGAAGCUGGUAUCUCAAGAAAAAAAGUGGAGGACAUUCCUGGCUUGAGAGAGGCGGGUUGGACACCGGACCAAUGGGGCCAUACUCGGUUUCGGGCGUUUUCCCCAGCUGAGAUUCCAAACCAUCGCCAACAACUUAAUUCCUUCAUGCGCUCACUUCACAAGGUUUUGAGCGAACAUGCGGAUGCUUGGCCGUUCAAGGAACCAGUUGAUGCGCGCGAUGUGCCUGAUUAUUAUGACGUCAUUAAGGAUCCUAUGGAUCUAAGAACAAUGUCAAAGAGGCUGGAGUCUGAGCAGUACUAUGUGACAUUCGAAAUGUUUGUAGCAGAUGUUAAGAGAAUGUUUGCAAAUGCUCGCACUUACAAUUCUCCUGAUACCAUCUACUAUAAAUUAGCAAACAGGCUAGAGAGCUUUUUCUCUAAUAAAGUGCAAGCAUGGCUACAAGCUUCCACUAAGGGACAACAGUAACGUAUAAAAAACCAAGAUGGGAACUGAACCUACGUUGUGCUCUUAAUCCUCACACCCUAAGUACUAACAAAAUUCAUUGCUCUCACAUUGCAUCUUUUUGUUACUGUUGUGGUAUUCAUGGUGAUUCCAAUGGUUAUGCGGACAAGCAAUUCUUGCUUAAUUUCAAAUUUGAAUUCUAGGGCUGCCUUAAAUGGUUCCCCUCUUUCCCUGUUUAGUAAGCUUAAUUGGAUCUUCGUGCAUAUGACCUGUUCU